AUGGAUUGGGCGGAUGCUGCGAACUGUGAGACCUUUGGUGAAGAUGCGGGUUGGGAUGUGACAGACAUGCUGUCGGCUCCGGAUGCAAUCCACCGACCUGGGCGGGAGCAGCAUUUGGUUGGCACUUGCGGCUUUAUGGGUACCGCUGCGCCCAAGUACGCAGGCCAUUUGGGCGCAGUGGAGCUCAAUGCCACUUUCCACGACCGUGGCAAUGCAACCUACGACAGUCAGGCUACGAAAUACGCGCAGUUGGGCCUACAAAUCAUGGUGAAGGUCUCCGGCUACGCGACUCACGACGUGGGCUUAAAGGACCCAGCCAGCUGGUGGCCGUGGCUGCGAAUGAAGUAUGCGCCCUUUGUGAAUGCUGGGGUCCUGGUGGGUUUGCUCUGGCAGCUUCCACCCACCUUUGCUUGCACAGAGGAGUCGUGUGAUCGCCUUGACGCACUGGGGACAAUGCUGCGUUCGCAGGCCCAAACAGGAUCUUGGCUCGAGCUCCGUCAUGCCUUCGAAUUCCGGGAAUCUUCUUGGUUCGAAAGUGAUCGUGCUCGACAGAUCAUGCAGCAGCAUCGCCUGACGCUGGUGUGUUCCCAUGUUAUCAACGACACGGGCUGGGCGGGCGAUCUGACUUCUGGCUGGCACGGCCUGCCUGCGGGGGCAGAGGCAGGGUCAGGUUGUGAAGGUUUUGGUGCCCUAAACCCUGGUAAAAUUCAGGGUUUCGAGUUAAACCGCUGUAGAUAUCUUCGGAUCUGGGAAACGACGUAUAGGGUUGGGUUUAUAGGGCUCAGGGAAUGGGGGCCUAGGAUUAGGGUCAAAGUUUCUCUCCGUGUCACGUGGAAAACAACAUGA